GUUUCCAUGACGUCCCGUUCUCGAAACCAAUAGGAGUAAGGUACAGUUAGUCGGGAAAUUUGAAUUAAAUGAGAUAGAACUGCCAGUGCGAGCUGGGAGUGGAAGAGAAAUUAAAAAAAAAUAACACCGCUAAUAAUAAAGUCUAUUAUUCGACGGGAUUUUACCAGCAUAUCAGAGUCCGGGUACGGUUAACAUGAGAAAAAGUGAGGUGUUGGCUGCAGAGUCUGUGGCAUGUUUAAACAAAGCCCUGUCCCGCCUAAAGGAUAUCUGGGAGGAGAUUGGGAUCCCAGAGGACCAACGACUGCAGAGAACGGAUGUGGUAAAGAAACACAUUAAAGGCCUGCUGGACAUGAUGAUAUCUGAGGAGGAGAGCCUCAGGGAGAGGCUGCUGAAUAGUAUCGCUUUGUGUCGCAAGGAGCUGGACACUCUGUGCAUGGAGCUUCGCCUGCCUCCAUUUGAGGAAGAGGAGGGAAACACAGUCCUGCAGCUUGAGAAGGACAUCCGCACACGACUGGAGGUGAUGAUGAAACAGAAGAAGGAGAGAAUGCAUGAUUUGAAGACCUUGAAAGAGCAAGACCAGGACCUCUGUGACAUUCUCUGCACCGAACCUUACUGCAUUGACAGUGACGCUGUCCCCAGCCUGGAGGAACUGAACCAGUUCCGUCACCACAUUGCAAGUCUCUGCGCAGAAAAGGAGCGAAGAAGAAGAGAGUUUGUGGGCAUCAAAAGGCAGAUUAUUUUGUGCAUGGAGGAGCUAGACCACACACCAGAUACAAGUUUUGAGAGAGAUGUGGUGUGUGAGGAAGAGGAGGCUUUCUGUCUGUCCACAGAGAACAUCGCUAUGCUGAAUCAGCUCCUGAAUCAGCUGGAGGUGCGCAAGUCCCAGAAUGAGGUCCUUUGCGGUUCUUACCGCGACAGGAUCGUGGAGCUAUGGGAGAGACUGCAGGUUCCACAGGAGGAGAGGGACGCCUUCUCUGUUCACAUGGCUGGGUCCAGACCAAGUAAUAUUCAGGCUUUACAAGAGGAGGCGGAGCGUCUGCAUGAGCUGAAGCUACAGAACAUUCGGAAUGUAAUCCAAGCCAUCCGAGCAGAGGUGGUGGCCUACUGGGAAAAAUGCUUCUACAGCCCUGAGCAGAGGCAGGCCUUCGCACCCUACUAUGAUGAGGAUUACACAGAGGACCUGCUGAGUCUGCACGAUGCUGAGAUCCUGCAUCUGAAGCAGCACUAUGAGGAUCACAGAGAGCUCUUUGAAGGGGUACACAGAUGGCAGGAGAGCUGGACGCUAUACCUGGAGCUUGACAGAAAAGCAACAGAUCCGUCAAGGUUUACAAACAGAGGAGGGAACCUUCUGAAGGAAGAGAAGCAGAGAGCAGAUCUUCACAAAAACUUGCCUAAACUGGAAAAGAAGUUGAAGGCGCAGAUCGAUGACUGGGAGCAGGAGCAGGGCCGGGAGUUCCUGGUGAGCGGACAGAAGUUCCUGCAGUUUGUGGAAGAGCAGUGGGAGCUUCACCGUCUGGAGAAGGAGAGGGAAAAGCAGGAACGGCAAAUGAAAAAGACCAAGCAGAUAGAAGAGGAGAUGCUGUAUGGCACUGCUCCAAGAACUCCAUCCAAACGAAGGUUUCUGGGAGCAAACACUCCUGGAAAAGUGCGUAGGCUCAAUGCUACCUCAGUCUCUAGUGCCAAUCCCAACAGCACGGUACGUUCUGCCUUCGGUGGGACUCUCUGUCACUCCCCUGUGUCCCGUCCCCCACUCUUGGGAAGCAAGCCUGUCCAGCCGGUUCGAACUCCAGGACGCAGCAAGCCUCCCCGCAUGGGGGUGCUGGAGCGGAACAAGGAGAAUGUGUCCCAGUUGAAUGGAACUGCCAUGAGUGGUGCGUUCAAGGGCACAGCUAGUCCACAGUGUAACUUCAGCAGUAACACUGUUGCCAGCACCUAUUCUGAGUUUGCGAAGGAUUUUGCCCAUACAGACUCUACCGCCCUCAGUUCAAGCGAGAACUUUCAAAAGCAUCCAAAUCUAACUGCAAUUCUGGAAUCCUAAACUCUACUAUUACCAGCCAUCGCACCUGACUGCCAGCAGCGUUUGAUUCUGGAAUCCUAAACUCUACUAUUACCAGCCAUCACACCUGACUGCCAGCAGCGUUUGAUUCUGGAAUCCUAAACUCUACUAUUACCAGCCAUCGCACCUGACAGCCAGCAGCGUUUGGAAAUGGAAAGUAGCAGGGCAGGCUUCAAACCUUUGGAGUACUUUGUAAAUGUGGGCUUUUGGGUGCAUUUAUUUUAAUGAAGGUAAACCUAUAAGAAAAAUAUACAAACAGCAGCAUAACCAGCCAGAAUAUAUUUAACUGCUAGUUUUAAAAUCAGCAAGCUUUGUUAUAAUCAACACUAUUUUUCUUAAUACUAAUUAACACUGUUUUAAAGAAAGUGACAUGCAAGGUUAAGUUUGACCUUGUUUAUUAUUAUAAUUGUUUUUUUAAUGUAUUUAUUAUUUUCAAUGUCCAGUACUGGUUAUGUCUAGCUUUUAGUUUUAUUUUUCUUCAUAUGUUUUAGCUAAUGAAUAGUAGCUACAUUUAUGUACUUUGCUAAACUAAUUUUAACCUGUUAGUUUUAUUAUGUAUAUACUGUUAAAAGUUAAUAAUCAUGUAAGUUUUGCACAUUUCUUGGCACUACAUCUGUACAAUAGUGCUUUGCUUGUCAUAGUUAUUCCUAAUGUUAUACUGUACUUUUCAACUUGUAUUUCAGGAGGGUCUUGAUACGCUACAUAUAGUUUAGGGUUCUCUGUGUAGUGAGGACUGUCCAUCACGAACAAAGCUUUCUAUUUCUGCCUGGUAGAGUGCUAUUCAUAUUUAUGUAAGAGGCUCUGCUUUCUGAGAAUCUCUGUAAAUACAUUUCUGGUUCUGUAGCUCUAGGAUUACACUGAAAAUGAAUGGGCUCUUCAAGAAAUAAACUGAACAAAGUAAAUAGCAAACAUUAUGUUAGAAAAGCAAAACUGUUGUGAUCGACUGACUAAAGAAGGUCUUGUUUGAAUUGAAGUGGUUGCUAUUUGUGUUUGUUAAAGGAAAAAGUUUAUUAAAUGUAAAUGUUAGAAAAAACCUUAUGCUAAAAUAAACUCCAAUGUCUUGUAAGAAAACACUGUAAAUUAGUUUCUGUUUUUAGAGCGGUGUGGAAUAUAGGUAUGAUUUAAACUGUACAAUUGUUAUCUAUAAAAUCAAUAUAAUCACUUGU